AUGCACAUCAAUCAGCUCUCUGGUCCCAUUCCUGUUGAACUUGGGAAUUUGAAGUCUCUCACUGAUCUUGCUGUGUUUAAGAAUCAACUUAAUGGCUCUAUUCCUUCAUCAUUGGGUAAUUUGACAUCUUUGAAUGCCCUUUAUAUGCACACCAAUCAGCUCUCUGGUCCCAUUCCUGUUGAACUUGGGAAUUUGAAGUCUCUCACUGAUCUUGAUGUGUUUGAGAAUCAACUUAAUGGCUCUAUUCCUUCAUCAUUGGGUAAUUUGACAUCUUUGAAUGCCAUUUAUAUGCACAUCAAUCAGCUCUCUGGUCCCAUUCCUGUUGAACUUGGGAAUUUGAAGUCUCUCACUAAUCUUGCUGUGUUUGAAAAUCAACUUAAUGGCUCUAUUCCUUCAUCAUUGGGUAAUUUGACAUCUUUGAAUGUUCUUUAUAUGCGCACCAAUCAGCUCUCUGGUCCCAUUCCUGUCGAACUUGGGAAUUUGAAGUCCCUCAAUAAGCUUGAUGUGAGCGAGAAUCAACUUAGUGGUUCUAUUCCUUCAUCAAUAGCAAACCUCAACAACAUACAGUGGCUGUUCCUUGGUGGUAAUAAAUUAUCUGGUCCCAUUCCUAGCGAACUUGGGAAGUUGAAGUCUCUCACUCAUCUUUCGGUGAGCAGAAAUCUGCUUAAUGGUUUUAUUCCUUCAUCAUUUGGUGAUUUGACAUCUUUAAAUUUUCUUUAUAUACAUCACAAUGAGCUUGUUGGGCGCAUUCCUAAUGAACUUGGGAAGUUGAAGUCUCUCACUGAUUUUAAGGUGAACAACAAUAAAAUUAGUGGUUCUAUUCCUCCAGAGUUUGGAAAUUUAACUCAACUACAAAGACUUGAUUUGUCUUCGAAUCAUUUGCUUGAUGAGAUCCCAAAGGAGUUUGGGAAGAUGAAAAAUAUGUUGGAAGUGUACUUGGCAGGCAACCAUCUUUCAAGUGUUAUACCUCUAGAGCUUGGAUAUUGUGAACUCCUUGAAGUACUCGAUCUAUCCAAAAACAGAUUGAAUGGGUCGAUUCCAACAAGUAUCGGUCAAUGGGAACAGAUCCACUACUUGAAUCUUAGUAAUAACAAGCUCAGUGAGAAAAUUCCAUCCGAAAUUGGUAAAUUAGUUCAUCUUACACACCUUGAUUUAUCUCAGAAUUUUCUCACAAAAGAUAUACCAGCUGAAGUUCAAAGUUUGCAGAGUUUGCAAAAAUUGGAUUUUUCUCACAAUAGACUAUCUGGUUCUAUUCCUGAUGCUUUUGUAAAUUUGCCUCGUGGGAUUGAUAUCAACCUUUCUUUCAAUAAGCUCUCAGGUCCAGUCCCCCUUUCCGCUAACUUUGUGAAUGCGUCCAUUGAAAACAAUCCAGAUUUGUGUGGGAAUAUUACCGGAUUGAAACUUUGUCCAAGUCAGAUUAUGAAGAAGAAAAAUGAUCCCUUUGAUCACAAGCUCAUCCUUGUAAUUACGCUCCCUCUUAUCGGGGUUGUUUUACUUGGUGUAUUCAUGUAUUGCCUCAUUUCUUAUCAACAACAAAAGAAAAAGUCUCCACAAAAACCAUCGGACGAAGAAAGUGGUGAUUAUUUCUCUAUUACAAAUUUUGAUGGAAAAGUGGUGUAUGUUGAAAUCUUGAAGGCAACAAAUGAUUUCGAUGAAGCAUACUGCAUUGGGACUGGAGGAUAUGGGACUGUGUACAAAGCCGAGCUACAACCUAACAAUGUGGUAGCUGUCAAGAAACUUCACUCAUCAUCUGAGAAUGUUGAUCAUAAUGGAUUCCUUAAUGAGGUACGAGCAUUAACGAACAUAAGGCAUCGAAACAUAGUGAAACUCUAUGGAUAUUGCUCCCACGUUUGCCACUCAUUUUUAAUUUAUGAAUACCUCGAAAAGGGAAGCCUUGGAUCAAUCUUAAGAAGCGAUGUCUUAGCAAAAGAAUUGGAUUGGUUGAAAAGGGUCAAUAUUGUAAAGGGCGUAGCUAAUGGUUUGGCUUAUAUGCAUCACGACUGCUCACCUCCUAUAAUUCAUAGAGACAUUUCUAUUGCCAACAUCCUUCUUGAUUCUGAUUGUGAGGCACAUAUUUCUGAUUUUGGCACAUCCAAGCUUUUGAAGCUCGAUUCAUCCAACUGGACUGCAAUUGCAGGCACCUAUGGUUACAUUGCACCAGAGCUUGCUUAUACAAUGGUGGCUACUGAGAAAUGCGAUGUGUAUAGCUUUGGAGUUGUUGCAGUAGAAGUGGUAAUGGGAAAGCAUCCAGGAGAUCUCAUAACAUCUUUUCCAACAUUGUCUGAUGAUUAUUUGGUGCCAGCAAACGUGGGAGAUAGUCGGAUACCUCCUCCCUCAUCACAAGUUGAGAAACAAUCUCUCACUGGUCUUUCUUUGUUCAACAAUCAACUAAUUGGUUCUAUUCCUUCAUCAUUGGGUAAUUUGACAUCUUUGAAUGCUCUUUAUUUGUACCAAAAUCACCUCUCUGGUCCCAUUCCUUUUGAACUUGGGAAUUUAAAGUCUCUCACUGGCCUUUCUUUGUUCAACAAUCAACUUAUUGGUUCUAUUCCUGCAUCAUUGGGUAAUUUGACAUCUUUGAAUGUCCUUUAUUUGUACAAAAAUCAACUCUCUGGUCUCAUUCCUAUUGAACUUGGGAAUUUAAAGUCUCUCAGUCAUCUUGAUAUGAGUGAGAAUCAACUUAAUGGCUCUAUUCCUUCAUCAUUGGGUGAUUUGACAUCUUUGAAUAAACUUCAUUUGUUUCAAAAUCAACUCUCUGGUCCCAUUCCUACUGAACUUGGAAAUUUGAAGUCUCCCACUGAUCUUGCGGUGUAUAAAAAUCAACUUAGGGGUUAUAUUCCUUCAUCACUAGCUAAUCUGAGCAAUGUACAAUGGCUGACCCUCAAUAACAAUAAAUUAUAUGGUCCCAUUCCUAGUGAACUUGGGAAGUUGAAUUCUCUCACUCAUCUUUCGGUAAGCAGAAAUCAACUUAGUGGUUCUAUUCCUUCAUCAUUGGGUAAUUUGACAUCUUUGAAUGUCCUUUAUUUGUACCAAAAUCAACUCUCUGGUCUCAUUCCUAUUGAACUUGGGAAUUUGAAGUCUCUCACUCUUCUUGAUGUGAGUGAGAAUAAACUUAAUGGCUCUAUUCCUUCAUCAUUGGGUGAUUUGACAUCUUUGAAGAAACUUUAUUCACUCCAAAAUCAACUCUCUGGUCCCAUUCCUAUUGAACUUGGGAAUUUGAAGUCUCUCACUGAUCUUGACGUGAGCGACAACAAACUUAGUGGUUCUAUUCCAUCAUCACUAGCAAACCUCAGCAACAUACAGUGGCUGACCCUCGGUGGUAAUAAAUUAUCUGGUCCCAUUCCUAGUGAAAUUGGGAAGUUGAAAUCUCUCACUCAUCUUUCGGUGAGCAGAAAUCAACUUAGUGAUCUUAUUCCUUCAUCAUUUGGUGAUUUGACAUCUUUAAAUUUCCUUUAUAUGCAUAACAAUGAGCUUGCUGGUCCCAUUCCUAGUGACCUUGGGAAGUUGAAGUCUCUUACUGAUUUUAAGGUGAACAACAAUAAAAUUAGUGGUUCUAUUCCUCCAGAGUUUGGAAAUUUAACUCAACUACAAAGACUUAAUCUGUCUUCAAAUCAUUUGGUUGGUGAGAUCCCAAAGGAGAUUGGGAAGAUGAAAAGUAUGUUGGAACUGUAUUUGGCUGGCAACCAACUUUCAGGUGUUAUACCUCUGGAGCUUGGAUUUUGUGAACUCCUUGAAGUACUUGAUCUAUCAAAAAAUAAAUUGAAUGGGCCGAUUCCAAAAAUUAUUGAUCAGUGGGCACAAAUCCACAACUUGAAUCUUAGUAAUAACAAGCUCAGUGAGAAAAUUCCAUCUGAGAUUGGGAAAUUAGUUCAUCUUACGGAACUUGAUUUAUCUCACAAUUUUCUAAUGAAAGAGAUACCAUCUGAAGUUCAACAUUUGCAAAGUUUGCAAAAAUUGGAUCUUUCUCAUAAUAAACUAUCUGGUUCUAUUCCUGAUGCAUUUACAAGUUUGCCUGGCGGGAUUGAUAUCAAUCUUUCUUUCAAUAAGCUCUCCAGUCCAAUCCCCCGUUGCGCUAACUUUGUAAAUGCAUCCAUCGAAAGCAAUUCGGAUUUGUGUGGGAAUGUUACGGGAGUGAAACUUUGUCCUAGUCAGAUUAUGAAGAAGAACAAUGAUCUCUUUCAUCACAAGCUCGUCCUUGUAAUUACACUCCCUCUUAUUGGGACUGUUUUACUUGGUGUAUUCACGUACUACCUCAUUGCUUAUCAACAAAAAAAGAAAAAGUCUCCAAAAAAACAAUUGGACGAACAAAGUGGUGAUUAUUUCUCUAUUACAAGUUUUGAUGGAAAAGUGGUGUUUGCUGAAAUUUUGAAGGCAACAAAUGAUUUCGAUGAAUCAUAUUGCAUUGGGACCGGAGGAUAUGGGACUGUGUACAAAGCCGAGCUACAACCUAACAAUGUGGUAGCUGUCAAGAAACUUCACUCAGGAUCUGAAAAUGUUGAUCAUAAUGGAUUCCUUAAUGAGGUACGAGCAUUAACGAACAUAAGGCAUCGAAACAUAGUGAAACUCUAUGGAUAUUGCUCUCAUGUUCACCACUCAUUUUUGAUUUAUGAAUACCUUGAAAAGGGAAGCCUUGGAUCAAUCUUAAGAAGCGAUGUCUUAGCAAAAGAAUUGGAUUGGUUGAAAAGGGUAAAUAUUGUAAAGGGUGUAGCUAAUGGUUUGGCUUAUAUGCAUCACGACUGCUCACCUCCUAUAAUUCAUAGAGAUAUAUCCAUAGCCAACAUCCUUCUUGAUUCUGAUUAUGAAGCACAUAUUUCUGAUUUUGGCACAUCCAAGCUUUUAAAGCUCGAUUCAUCCAACUGGACCGCAAUUGCAGGCACCUAUGGUUAUAUUGCACCAGAGCUUGCUUAUACGAUUGUGGCAAAUGAGAAAUGUGAUGUGUAUAGCUUUGGAGUUGUUGCACUAGAAGUUAUAAUGGGAAAGCAUCCAGAAGAUCUCGUAACAUCUUUACCAACAUUGUCUUCUGAUUAUCUGGUGCCAGAAAAUGUGGAAGAUAGUCGGAUACCUCCUCCCUCAUCCCAAGUUGAGAAACAAGUUAGGUUGGUUCUGAGUCUCGCAAGAGCAUAUUUGAACUCCAAUCCACUUGAAAGACCAACAAUGCAACAAGUUUCAAAUCUGUUAAUGAAGGAUCUGCUUUGAAUUGACAUCUCUUGCCUGAUCAGUAUAGUGUACUUUCAGUGUUCUCUACUUUUUUUUAAGUUCCCUAUAUGCACCCUGCCAAUAUGUGUUCAUUUGAAUGGCUUUUUGUUAAGAAACUUCACAUAUGUUUGUGGUAGUAAAGAAAUAAGUCAAUGAAGAUUGCUAUACUUUUAAAAACACACCACUAGAAACUAAGUACAAUGCCAUACACACAUCCUCCAAACAAGAAAUUAUGUAAAAUUUU